GGUACACUUCUUGACUCCCACCAUGAACUACCGGUGACGAACCCCACCCAUAAGGUUAUCCGCCGAAUCCGAGCGGAUCAUCCGACACUCCCUAUUGUCAUCUCGACGGGCAAGCAGUACACGGCGACUGCCUCGUUGCGUGAACAACUAGAUCUGCAUCCUUUCAAUGCCUGCCAUCUGAACGGCAACGUCAUCUAUAAUCCGGAUGGGUCCGUGAUCAUGGACUCUGGGCUCGAUAUCGGCGUCGUGAACGAGGUGUACGCUGACAUGAAAAAUCGCGGUGUGAGCCUCUUCCUGUAUGACUAUGAGAGGGUUCAUCAGGUGUUGUACGGGGCGAACGACGAUCACCCAGGAAUCUGGGCCCAGAAGCUGCGCGGAUAUGGCGAAACCGUUCUUGAAUAUACAGAAGCGGAGAGCAUGGAGAUCAUGGACAAGGUGACGAAGGGUGCUAUAAAGGUGAUCAAGAUGGCCGUCUGCCAGGAUGAGGAAGCGUUACCGGCUACCCGCAAUGUACUCGGCAACUUCCCCUCAGACUCCUUCGCCCUGACUCAAGCCCUCACGUUUUGCUGCGAGCUUAUCCCUUCUAGUCACAACAAAGGCACCGCUUUAACCGCUCUGGUACGGCAUCUGAACGAGGUUCAUGCCCUAGGUAUUGAGCCGGAAAAUGUCAUUACUUUCGGUGACGGCGAGAACGACGUGAGCAUGUUCAAAGUCGCGGGCAUGAGCGUCGCGAUGGGUAACGCAAUGGCGAGUGCAAAGGCUGAGGCGGUUUGGGAGACAGCCACAAACGAUGAAGGGGGUGUGGGUCUGUUCCUUGAGAAGGUGUUUUAUCCCAACGAAGCGCAGCAUUGGGCACACUAUGCUUGA